UCUACUCGAGAGCGCGCAGGAGCCUGACACACACACACACACUCUCAUUAGUACACACUCGAGGAGGUGUGUUUUAGUGUUUGAGCGUUGCAUUGAGCAGGUUCCCGUUCGGAUGAGGAGCGAUUCGAGCGGAAUAAGCGGCGUCGGUCUUUGAUGAGGAUGAUGAUGAUGAAGAGCGCGAGAGACCUGUGAUCACGUUUCAGCAUCAGUCUCUGAGAUGUUCAGCUCCAGCAGCACUAUGACCGAUGGAGAUUACGACUAUCUGAUCAAACUCCUGGCUCUCGGAGACUCCGGAGUGGGCAAGACCACCUUCCUCUACCGCUACACCGACAACAAGUUCAACCCCAAAUUCAUCACCACCGUGGGCAUCGAUUUCAGGGAAAAGAGAGUGGUUUAUACCACAAACAGCCCCAAUGGAACCACAGGGAAGACGUUUAAGGUUCACUUGCAGCUCUGGGACACGGCGGGACAGGAGAGGUUCAGGAGUUUGACCACAGCGUUCUUCAGGGAUGCGAUGGGUUUCCUGCUCAUGUUCGAUCUGACCAGCCAGCAGAGCUUCCUCAAUGUCAGGAACUGGAUGAGUCAGCUCCAGGCAAACGCGUAUUGUGAGAACCCAGAUAUUGUUCUUGUGGGUAAUAAAGCUGAUCUGAAUGACCAGAGAGAAGUCCAGGAGAAACAAGCGAAGGAACUAGCAGACAAAUACGGAAUCCCCUACUUCGAGACGAGUGCGGCGACCGGAGCGGAGGUGGACAAGGCCGUCCUGACGCUGCUGGAUCUGGUGAUGAAGAGGAUGGAGCAGUGUGUGGACAAACCUUCGGCGGACGCACAAAACACCGACGGCAGCAGCAAACUGGACACCGCAGCGGCCGAUGGGAAGAAGUGUGCGUGUUAAAGCAGCGACGGCACCCAUCCGGAUCCUCCUGGCGUACUGUAUUACAGAUGUGUGUGGACUGAGUCUUUGAGAGCUGUGGGACUGCCUCGUCAUCUUUAAUAACCCGUCCACAUUUAGCCCAGAUUAUUACUGUCAGGAAAUGCAUCUGAAAUAUUCAUAUAGAGAUAAAAACCUGAUGUGGCCAUAAUCUGGAGUUGGACACUCAUUAUCUAAAUGAAUGUACAUAAAAACUCAGAGAGAGCUGAACGACGUUCAUACACUACCAGACAGAAUUUAGAAUAAUUAAGAGUUUUUAGUGUUUCUGAAAAAAAAAAGUAUCUUCUGGUCUCCACAGCAGCUUUUAUUUGGUUAAAAAUAUAGUCAAAACAGUACAAAUUUGAAAAAUUAUUAUUGUUUUCUAUGUGAAUCUCUGUUUAAGUGUAAUAUAUUUCUGUGAUGCACAGCUGUAUUUCCAGCAUCAUUCCUCCAGUCUUCAGUGUCACAUGAUCUUCAGAAAUCAUGAAAAUAUGAUGAUUUACUCAAGAAACAUUUCUGAUUAUUAGCAAUGUUGAACACAGUUAAGGCGCCCAAAAUUUCUGUGGAAACUGUGAUAUGAUUUUUUUCACCUUUAUUUUGAAGUGCAGUAAUAUUAGUAGUAAUUAUUAUGUCAAAUUUGAGCUUAUUUCAAGAAUAUGUGUAUAUCUUAUUUACUUAUUUAUUGUAUACAUAUAUUAGUCAUUUAAAUGUUGCAAAUUUAGGUGUAAUUUUAAAAUUAGGUGUAAUUUUAUAUAUAUACAUAUAUAUAUACACACACACAAACUGUAAAAAAUGGAUGCAUUAAGUUGCUUAAAAGUGACAGUAGAGACAUUUAUAGUGUUACAACAUAUUUCUACUUUCUUCAAAUAAAUGCUUUUCUUUCGAACUAUAUUCAUAUGUGAAUCCUGAAAAAUAAAAUGCAUCACAGUUUCCACAAAACUAUUACUGAUAAGUGUUUUCAACAUUGAUAAUAAUCAGAAAUGUUUCUUGAGCAGUUAAUCAGCAUAUUAUUCUGAUUUCUGAAGAUCAUGUGACACUGCUGAAAAAACAGGUGUGCAUCACAGAAAUAAAUUACACUUAACGCUAAAUUCAAAUAGAAAACAGCGGUGUUAUAUUCUUGUAAUAUUUCAGAUUUUUUGCAGUAUUUUUGAUCAAAUAAACAGGAGAGACUGCUGUCACAGAGUGUUGGCUUGAACCGAAGCCUGUGCAUGACUGACGUGAGCUUGUGAAUGUUUGCGUGUUCUUGCGUGUUCAAGCGUGUCGCUGCAUGCGGUCACACGCGGCUGACGUCCAAACACGAUCGAUCCCCAAAUCAAACGCUCCAUACAGAGCUCUGGAGAAACUGGAAGCAUGGAUGUUGCAUAUUCACGUCUCAGUCCUCUUAGCUUGUGUUCAGAUUCAUGCAAACAAGUGCAAAUGAAUAGCUGGAGAUGUGCGGUGUGUUUCUGUGUUUGAAAUCUGGGAAACUAGCUAAGUAAUGCAAGUAAAGAUCAUAUUUCACCCUAAAUUCAAAAUCGGUAGGAUGUUUCACAUUGUGACAUCAUAUUCAUGAUUUUUUUUUUUUAUUAGUUUUUCUGGAAUAGUUUUUAAAUAUUUUUUUCUCAUUUCUGUGUGUGUGUUUUAGUUGUAGUAAUUAAAAUUUUAUGAAAAAAAAAUCAAUUAAAAAGUUUUUUUUAUUUUUUUUUAUUAAAUAUUGAAAUUGUUGCAUUGCAAACAUUUAUUAAUGAAAAAUAUAUGAUUAUUUUUGGUCUUUUUGGGGUGAAAUAUGACCUGAACGUGUUCUUGUACAAAUCACCUUUUUUGUGAAUGUCAUGGAUAUCUCAUAUUUCACCAUAGAUAAAAAAAAAAUCCAUUCACAUUAUCUCUAUUCCAAAUUUCAAAAAAUAAAAAAAAGUCAAUUUAUUUUUCAUUCUCACAAAAUAUCAUAAACACGAUAAUGUUUAAAUCUGCAAAAAAAAAAAUGCUGCAUAAAUACUAUGGAUGUAUAAAUCACAAUUUAUGUUUUUUCAAAAAUUUUCAUCACAUUUGUGAAAUUACAAUCCAAAAAAAUGUAACUUAAAAUAAGUUUAAUAUUCUUAGUGCAUAUCAAGUCUUAUAUUUGUCUUGUGAGUUUGGGGUGAAAUAUGAGCUGGUUUGGUUAUGGUUGUACUGGGAUUGAGAUGGUUAAUUCUGUGCUAGUUUGAUUUGAUUUCUAUCUUCUGGUGCCAAACUUUAACUCAUCGUGUGCCAUAAUCACAUCAUGGAGCAUGGUGAUGUCUGAUCAUGAAGAUCUCUGGAGCGCUGCAUCGUGUUUCUACUGAACUCCUGCUUGGCUUGACUGAGCUUUGCUGUUUUACUGGUUUAGUACCUCGUGUGGUUUCAGGAAUGGCUUUAUGAGCAGUGAUGUUGUUCUCUUGACGUUUACACUGAAGGGUUUUCUCUCCUCGUGCCUGUAAAGAUCUACUGACCAAUGAAACGCUGCCCGACUCUUUUACUGCAUCACGGUACAGAAAACAACACAACCGGUUAAAAAAAUUAACUCUUCGGUUUCCUUUGAGAGCGUUUAUUUUUUGUUAUGCGUGCAACAUGUUACUAAAGAAUAAAGAGGAAAAAAUCA